AUGGGAAAAGUCCAUCCCCAAGCAUUACAUUCUUCUGCUACUUGCAAUUUCACUUCCAAGCAAGAGACUUUCACCCUAUGGAUGAAAUCUCUGGUACUGAAUGGAAAGGGAUGUACUGUCUUUGAUUCAAAUGGCCAAAUUGCAUAUCGAGUUGAUAACUACAACUGCAGCUAUAGAGAUGAAGUUCAACUAAUGGAUCAAAAUGGCAAUAUUUUGUUUACUAUACUGAAAAAGCAAAUUAAGUUUUCAAGGCUUUGGGAGGGUUAUAGAUACCCUGCCACAAGGAAUGACCACAUAGGACCAUGCUUUCGAGUUUGUAAAAAUAAUAGGAUCUCAAGAGGGGGCUCAACUUACGAAGUUGAACUUGGAUUGGACAAGAAUCAACCAUAUACUCAUAAAAUAGAAAGCAGCACUUGCAAGUCAGCUUGCAAAAUAUCUGAUGAGUUUGGAGAGAUAGUUGCUGAGCUGAGGAGAAAGAAGUCAUGUUGUGGAGUUGAUUUAGGAGAUGAUGUUUUGACAAUGGUGGUGGAGCUAAAUGCAGAUCUUCCUCUAAUUAUGGGGCUUGUUGUAGCUUACAGUCUUAUUAACAGUAAAAUGUAAGCAUUUUGGAAGCAACAGAGUGCAUAAUGGUAAUUGGCAUCUUGAGGAAGUCUUUUAGCUUUACCAAAUGUAUUACUAAAAGACCCCGUUUUAAGAUUAAGCUUUGGAAAUGACUCUGGUGACUGUCAUCUCUAACAAUGAUGUUCAAUCUCAAAAUGGCUUUGUUUUGAAGCCAAAUACAAUUCCACCUUAUGUUAUGCUUCCUCUUGUUCUUAUUUAAUUUUGGGGGAAAAUGCUUCCUCUUAUUCUAUAACUCAGAAGCAGUGGCAGAGCUAGCAAAAUUAAUGAGUCAGGAACCAUUAAAUUUUAUCUGAAUUUAAUGAGUCAAGUGGCGGAGCCACCCUUUUUUUAGUACCUAGAAACCACUUGAUUUUGGCUGAAUCAAAUUUGU